AUGGCUUCCCUCGAACCACUAGAAGAGGAUAUCGAGAUGGGCGAGGACCUAGCAGACACGGUGAACACAAAGCUGGGUAGUGUUGGAGGGCUUGCAAAAGGCAGGAGGCUGCAGAAACAGAUCCUUGACGGGGCUUGCAUCUUGUUAAACAUUACCAGUACUGUGGUUCUUGUCUUUUUAAAUAAAUGGAUCUUCCGCGACCCCCAGUUAACGAACAUGCAAAUAUCCUUCGCCAUGUGGCAUUUUACAUGCACAGCAAUCGUUCUUUGGAUAGCAAGCCGUUCCCCGUUCAACCUUUUCGUCGCCGUCCGCCUUCCCUUCUUACAAAUGAUACCGUUGUGCAGCUUCUUCGCCGGCUUUCUGAUUCUGGGAAACCUGAGCUUGGCAUAUAAUACUGUCGGAUUUUACCAAUUGGCCAAGAUCAUGACCACUCCCUGCGUCGUAUUACUUCAGUACCUCCUGAUGGGGAAAACCAUCUCGGGCCUUACGGUCGGAGCGCUAGCCAGCGUGUGCGUGGGUGUAGCCCUCACGAACACUGGGGCAGCCGGCACGACCUCUCUCGGGGCUUUCAUAGCAGUGGUGGCCUUCACAGUGACGGCCUUCUACCAAGUCUGGAUCGGGAAGAAGAUGAAGGACUUUGCGGUUUCCAGCCCGCAGUUGCUUUUGAAUCAGGCCCCGAUAUCUGUGCUGCUGCUAGCAUUCGUCGCUCCUUUUUUUGAUACCGUGCCGAAUCUGGAGAAGAUCCCUAGGGAUACAAUGGUCGCUUUGUUUCUCUCGGGCCUCGCGGCUGCUUCGCUUAACUUGUCACAAUUUCUUAUCAUUGGAAGGAUGAGCGCUCUCACAUUUAACGUCGCGUCAAACGUCAAAACAAUUAUCAUUCUCACAUAUGGUUGGAUCAGUGAAGGGCGGCUCCUGACGGUUAAGGAUUCUUUGGGUAUCAUUUUGGCGCUUGGGGGCGCUACAUUAUAUAGCCAACUCUCCCAACGCUGA